AGAAGUCAAUCACACCUUUUACUAUAUUUUUCUCUCUCUUCAUUUUCUUUAUUCUUUCUUUCUCCACCCUUCCUCCCUUCUCCCUAUUUUUCUUCUUUCUUUUUCUGGCCAUCCUUUCUCUUUCCUUGUACUUCCAUAGUUCCUUCCUUCCUUUUUUUAAUUUGUCCCUUUCUUUCCUUCCUUCCUUGUGUUUUCAUCUUUUACUUCCUUCCUGUCACUGGUCCUUCUUUUCUUUCUACCUUUCUCAUACUUCUGUACUUCCUUUUUUUUCUUUGUCCUUUUCUUUCUUUCGUUCCUUCCUUCCUUCUUUACUCAGACUUCUGUACAUCUUUCCUUACUUCCUCCCUUCCUUCCUCUUUCUGUCCUUCCCCCACCUCCUUUCCUGUCCUUUCUCUUUCCAUCUUUUCCUGUCUUUCCUCCUUCCUCUUUUUGCCCUUUAAUUCCUUUUUUCCCUUCUCUCCCUUUCUCUCCUUUCUUACUCUCUGCUUUCUUUGUUCCUUUCUUUCUCAUUUCAUCCUUCCUUCCUUACCUUUCUGCCCCUCUUUAUUCCUCUUUCCUUUCUUCCACCUUUCUCUUCCUGGCCUUUUCUUUCCUUCCUUACUUCUGUUUUUUUUCCCCACCUUUUCCUCCUUUCCUAUCUCUGGUCCUUCCUUUCCUUCCUUACUCAUACCUAUUUCUGUACAUCUUUCCUUGCUUCCUUUCACUUUGUCCUUUCAUUCCUCUUUCAGUCCUCCCCCCACUUUCCUUCCUUCCUCUUAUUGCCCUUUAAUUCAUUUUUUCCCUUCUCUCCCUUUCUCUCCUUUCUUACUCUGUCUGUUUUCUCUGUUCCUUUCUUUCUCUUUCCAUCCUUUCUUCCUUUAACUUUCCUCUUUCCUUUCUUCCAACUUUCUCUUCCUGGCCUUUUCCUUCCUUCCUAUCUCUGGUCCUUCCUUUCUUCCUACCUUCCUCUACUUACUUCUGUACUUCUUUCCUUUUUUCUUUCUGUCCUUUUAUUCCUUUGCCCUUCCUUCCUCUUUCUGUUCUCCCCCCACCUCCUUUCCUGUCUUCCCUCCUUCCUCUUCUUUUUCCUUUAAUUCCUUUUUUCCCUUCAGUCCAUUUCUCAUUUCUUACUCUCUUUGUUUUCUUUGUCGCUUUCUUUCUCUUUCCAUCCUUCCUUCUUUACCUUUCUGCCCCUCCUUAUUCCUCUUUCCUUUCUUCCACCUUUUCUCUUCCUGGCCUUUUCUUCCUCUCCCGGGUUCGCUUGCGUUUCUGUUUUCUGUCCACUAGGUGCCGCUGUGGCCUUCAGGAAGUUAAACAUUGGGAAGGAAGGAUUUGACAUUUUGCUUGAAUUACUCUUGAUUUAAGAAGCAGCUGAUUAAAGCUCAUUACAGCACUGCAGAUUAGAGUGCGGCUCUGAGGGAACUUUCCAGGAUCAGUGACGGAUGAAAAUGUAGCUUCAGGAAAGAGCAGUGUGUUCAGAAAAGCUCUGGAGUGUGUGUGCUGGAGUGUUCAGAUGGCCCUGAGCCAUACUGUCUUGUGUUUGUUUAGAUUUCACUGUGGACUAGUAUGUGUGUGUGUGUGUGUGUGUGUGUGUGUGUGUGUGUGUGUGUGUGUGUGUGUGUGUAUGUAUAUGAGUGUGUGAAAUGAUGUCAGUGUGAGAAGGAGGAGCUGGAGGAGGCGGAGACAAUUCCAGGACACCGCCCAUGUUGCUUUGACAGCUCCAGUAAAGCUGUGUGUUUGUGUGUGUGUGUGUGUACGCGUGUGUGUACUGGUUGUUACUGCGCCGUGUGAGACUUAAUGCAUAUCAUCUGAGUAUUUGCAGCAUCACCUGUGAGUGGAUCAAGGUUCCCUCCACACCUGGAGUUUCUCUGAACAGAGUCAUUACUGCAGCUAGAUUGUUGUAGUUAAAAUGGACAGCUGGUGGUGGUUGGUGUGUUUGUGCUUUGCUGCUCUCACUGACAGAACGCAACAAAACACGAUGAGCUGCGAUAGCGUGCGCAAUCUUCUGCAGCUGCAGCAGAUCGACACAACAACUGGUGUACUGGACACACCUGAGAAAGAAUCGGAUCUUCAAGUGUGUCUUAGCCGCAGUGUGACCUGCUGCACGAGGAAGGUGGAGGAGCAGUACCAAACAGCAGUGCAUCAGGACAUCCAGAACCUUUUGCAGACCUUCAGCUACAACCUGAAGCUCCUCAUCACACAAAAUAUUGCUGCCUUACAAGACAUGGUGGACUUGGUGGUGCGUGAAGUGCAGAACAACACCUUUUCCCUCUUGAAAGUUUUGUACGGUGACCUCGCCUCACGUGCUUCCUCUCCGCUGGCUGAACUCUUUACUGAUGUUGGUCUCUUUGUGCUGGGGGCGGAGCUUAACCUGGAAGAAGCAGCACAACGUUUUUUCCAAGCACUUUUCCCACUGGUGUAUGACCAACUUGAGAAGCCAGGCAUGGCACGUUUAGAUCCCGUCUACCAAGAGUGUUUGCGGUCAGUCGGGCACCGCACAGCAGCGUAUGGUAAUGCCCCAAAACGCCUCGCGUUGCUGGUGGCACGUGGCUCGCGGGAAGAACGCAUUUUUCUGCAGUCGAUGCACCUUGCCGUUGAGGUCAUCAACACCACAGACCACGCUCAGCCAAGCCGUGAGUGCCGUCGUGCGUUAAUGCGAAUGCGCUACUGCCCACUGUGCCAAGCCCUGACAGACAGCAAGCCAUGCAUGGGCUACUGCCUGAACGUGCUGCGUGGCUGCCUGGCCAGUCUCGCCGAGGUCGACACCCACUGGCAGGAAUUUGUACGCUCGCUGGAAGCGCUCGCGGCACGCAUGCAUGAUGGGAACGAGCUCGAGCAUGUACUCGCCUCAGUUCCCCCUCUCAUCAUCGAGGCUGUGGCUUACACAAGCAGGAAUGCUGCCCAACUCACCUCACAGGUUCGAGGUGUGUGUGGAGAACCUGUACGCUCUGGUCCUGUCCAGCAGGGAGGUGCUAGUGACGCACUAUACCUCCAAACCCCUGAAAGAAGCACAGAGGACACACUGAGUCACAGGAGACGGGAAUUCCUCAGUUCUUUGCGGCACUAUCGGGCAUUUUACGGAGGUUUGGCUGAUCAGAUGUGUGUUCGAGAGCUAGCGUCAACUGACGGCCCCACCUGCUGGAACGGAAAUGACGUGGUCAAGAGUUACACAAAGCGAGUGGUGGGCAGUGGGAUACGAGCCCAGGGACAAAACCCAGAAGUACGGGUGAAGGACGCUGAUCCGGGCAUCAACCAGGUGAUCGACAAGCUGAAGUAUAUCAACCAGCUCCUGCAGGGACGCUUUAUCCCUAAAUUGGGCACUCUGGACCAGAUCGAGAUGGGCAGCGGCGAGAUGGGCAUUUCGAUUAGUGGACAAUGUGAUGAUGAGGAUGGCUGCUGGGGGUCUGGAGAUGGAGCUGGAGAAACUCGGAUCAUUAAACCAACUGAAUUGACUGAAGAGAAGCCUGGUGAAAACCUACACCCUGGCCCACACACACAGGAUGCUGGAUGCACACUUGAGGUUUCCGGCUGCAAGAACACACACAGUGCCUUGUGGGUUCUGAGUGCAGUAUACACACUGCUAACGUUAUGGAGGUAACACCAGAACACACUCCGGCACACUCCUGAACCUGGACGCAGUAAAGACUCUGUACCAAGACACCUUUUCUUCUCUCGCCUGUUUUUUUUUUCUUUUUUCUUUUCUGAUGUGGCACAUUUUCACUGCCGACUCUGACACUUGCUCCAUAACACUACUCCUUUGUGUUAGGGGCCCUCUGGAGUCAACGAGGGUGAAAAAAAGAACCCUGAGAUGUUCCUGACAUUCCCUUACAGACGGGGGCAGAUUUAAACUGUGUAGGUGAUGAUUAAGGGGGCGGGGCUAUGCUCCUGAGGGAGGAUGAUUGACAGCUGGAGGGCGCAUGACUGACCUGCAGCUUCUGACAGAGGUUUAACGGAGAGGGAAAAAAAAAAGGAAAACGGAGGAGGAAAUAGAGGGAGAAACAUAGAAAGAGAGAAUUCUGGAACACAGAGUUAACCUGGUGUAAUCUGAUUACUGAUGACUUUUAAUAUCUGAAUAUUCAUUACUUUUAAAAUUAAUAUUCGUAAGAAACUGUCAGCCUAGUCAGCGUGGAGGAUUUAAAUUUAGAUUUAAAUUUAUGCACACACUUUAGUCUUCACAGACGGACAGUGAGACGGACAGACAGAUGAAUACAGGAUGUAUUGUACUAGAUAGACAGACAGACAGAGACAGAUAGACAUAUGGCCUAACAAACAUAGACAAAAUACAGUGUACAUAAGUCUACACACCCCUGUUGAAAUUGCAGGUUUUUGUGAAAUAAACAAAUAAUGCCAAAAUAAAUCCACCUUUAAUGUGAAAAACAAACAGAAAUAUUUUAUAAGGGAAAAAAAUAAUACUUAAAUAACCUGGUUGCAUAAGUGCUUUGUUAAAGCACCUUUUCCUUGUAAUACAGCACUCAGACUUUUGGGGUAAGAGUCUACCAACGUAGCACAUCUUGAUUUGGCAAUUUUAUUCCACUCUUCCUUACAGAAUUGCUCCAGAUCUAUCAAAUUGUCAGGGGAUCUCCUGCUCAAGUCACUCCACAGCUGUUCAAUAAGAUUUAGAUCUGGGCUCUGGCUGGCCCAUUCUGAAACGUUCAUCAUCUUCUGAAGCCAUUCCUUGGCUUGGAUUUGUGCUUUGGCUUGUUGUCAAGCUGGAAGGUGAAAUUUUUCAUCAUCAUCAUUCUUUACCCAGUCCCAGCUGAAGAGAAGCAGCCCCAUAGCAUGAUGCUGCCACCACCAUGCUUCACCAUGGCUACGGUGUUCUUUUGGUGAUAAGUAUAUCUUUUAGAAUUAUGCCCAACAGGUUCCACCUUGGUCUCUUCAGACCAUAACACAUUUGCCACAUGGUUUGGAGUGAUUUGGGUAGGAUAUUUUAUUCAUGAGAGCAACCCUACGCCAUAGUCUAGACAUGUAAUGAAUGAGAGAUUGUUGGCACAGGUAUGGAGUGACCAGUACUUGCCAGAUUUUCCUGCAGCUCCUUUAAUUUUUGCUGUAGGUCUCUUGUCAGCUUCCAUGAUAAGUUUUCUUUUUGUCCUUUCGUCAAAUCAGGAGAGACAGAUUCCUGUUCUUGGUAAUGUCACUAUGGUGCACCAUUUUCUCCACUUCUUGAUGACAACCUUCACAGUGUUCCAUGGAACAUAUAACGCAGUGGAAAUGUUUUUUUUUUUUUUUUUUUUUUGCCCCUCUCCUGAUCCAUAACUUUUGACAGUGAGAUUCUGUACAUGCUUUGUAAGCUCUUUGUGGACCAUAUCAAGACAAUCCUGCAGAAACAGCUGAUCUUUAUUUGGGAUUAAUCUGAAUCACUUCAUUGGUGAUAGGUGUAUGAUAAUUACUAUUGAACAUGAGUUGGAAUAUGAUUUGUUAAUUCUAAGCUCAGUCACAUGGCCCAUAAUAAAAGCGAGUGUGUGUGUGUGCACACUUAUGCAACCAGGUUAUAUAUAUAUAUAUGAACACUGUAUAUGUUUAAUGACCCAAGGAGUGAAGUGAUAUAAAAAUGCUAUAAAAAUAUUCAUGUAAACAUUUUAAAGUUUUGUUUUCAGUGCCAACUAACCCCUUUAAUAUAUAUAUAUAUAUAUA